AUGGGCGAGACCGUGAGAAUGGGCGACCGGCCGACCCCGGUCCCGCUGGCCAACGCAGAGCAAUUCUUCAUGGAUAGUGACCAGGGUCACAAGUACCUCAUACAACUGUCCUGGCCGCUACAUUGGCUGGAUAAUCGCACAUCGGACCGCGGGGCCCUUCCCAUCAUCUACGUCGUCGACGGAAAUGCAUUAUUCCUAACCGCGACGGAGGUAGCUUGGCGCCGUGCAGCUUCAUCUCACUUUGCCGGCGGUGGUCUAGUUGUUGCCAUCGGAUAUCCCCUGGCUGGCAAGCUGUACGAUGCUCAACGCCGGAGUCUUGAUCUGACACCACCCACUGAAAGUCCAAUCCCGGGAUAUGGGGGCGCGGAUGCAUUCCUCGAUUUUAUCGACAACUCUGUCCGGCCAGCUGUCAAGGCCCGAUUUCCGAGCGCAACCUUCUCUCGUGAAGCCCUGUAUGGCCAUUCGUACGGGGGAUUGUUUGCCCUGCAUGCCCUCUUCACACGGCCACACUCGUUCGAUUGUUACAUUGCUAGCAGUCCCUCGAUUUGGUGGAAUAGCCGCUGCAUUCUACACUCGGCCCAAAAGUUCUUAGACAACGCCAAGGCUUCGGAUGCGAAAUUGCCGUCACUGAUCGUGUCUUGGGGCUCUUGUGAGCAGAAUCCACCUCAAUGGCCUGAUGAGCCUUUGGAUCAUUAUGAGGGGCGGAAGCAAAUUGCCUCAGAUCUGCGAAUGGCUGAUAAUGCGUUGGACCUUGUGAAUAUGCUAGGUGGAGGUAAUCGGCUCGACGCAGUGCAGUCGAAGGAGUAUGAGGGGGAAGAGCACACAAGCGUCAUGGCUUGCUCAAUAAACCAGGGCUUGACCAUGUUCUUUGAAGAUUGGCCUCUAUGCUAG